GUGAGUGGUUGGCGUAUAAUGAGUGUGUAGAGUGUAUGGAGGAGAGGCUGCUGCAUAAUUAAGUUAAUUAGCUAUUAUCUCUUCAACUCAUGGCUUCUCUACUAUCCUUUUUCAAUACUAGUACCAGUAUUCUUCUUCCAAAACCAACCUUAAGCUUAACAAAGGCCUGUGCUGCUGCUGCUGCUGGUGCAACCACCCUUUCCCCGGCAGAGGAGAGUAGUCUUGAGGAGCGGUUUGGCCGGAAAGGGAUUAAAUUUUCAGGGCCGUUGUCGGGGGAGGAGGUUGAGCUGACAGUGAGAAAUGGAAGCUCACUGAGGCUUCGAAUACCAGACGGCCAUGUCACUUCUUACAAGCCCAAUGUCUAUUGGAAACCUGAUGGUUUUGAGGAGGUUUUGUACACCAUUCCUGGUCAAGAAGCCGAAGAUAAAGCCAAAGCCAAAGGAGGGAUUGGUUUGGUGAUAAAUGACGUGUCAGAGUCUGAAGCGAAUUCCAAACCUGUUAUCACUUCGCAAUGGACCCUUAAGGAUGUGGAUUCCGAUUCCAUUGAUGCUCUCCAGGUUGAAUUGAGCUGCAAGAGUGGAAAUCUUGACAUAAGCUAUGUAGUGUCACUGUACCCGGUGAGCAUGGCAACAGCAGUGAUAGUGAAAAACAAUGGCCGCAAACCUGUCAAACUGACGGGUGCUAUACUCAACCACUUCAAGUUCAAGAAGAGAGACGGGACAUCAAUCAAAGGACUUCGAUCUUGCUCUUACUGCACCCACCCUCCCCUACCGUCUCCAUUCCAAGUUUUAUCUCCAUCCGAAGCCAUGAAAUAUGAAGAAAACCCUGCCUGGUUCUCUUUUGGGUACGAGCCUGAAAAGAAACCUGGAGUGUGGAGCGUUCAAGACGUGCCCAUUACCGUUUUGAAGAAUAAGCUCAGUAGAGUCUACACUGCUCCUCCAGAAGAAAGACGUAAACAUUUUUAUAACACUGCACCUUCUAAAUAUGAAACCAUUGAUCAGGGGAGAGAGCUAUUCUUCAGGAUAAUCAAGAUUGGUUUUGAGGACAUCUAUGUAUCGAGCCCUGGUUCCUUGUCACGCAAAUUUGGAAAUGAGGGUUAUUUUAUCUGCACCGGCUCUGCUUCAAUGCUGGUUCCUGUGCUUGUCAACCCUGGUGAAGAAUGGAGAGCUGCUCAAGUUAUUGAACACGAUAACUUGUAAUUUAUUUCAAUUGAAAUCAAAUUUUUUUUUUUCCUCUUUUCAAUUAUUUUUUUCCUUGAGGAUUGAUUUUUCUGUCCGAAAUAGAAGAAACAGUUUGUUGUUGCUCUUUACAUACUCUCAUUUCAUUUGUUAAUAAUGUCGUUUUAUUCACUCGACAGAAAAAUGUACAAAUAAAGAGAAAUGUGAAGUUCAAAUUUA